AUGAAGCAGAUAGACGGAGACGCAGAUGCGCUCAGUAAUAGCGUUGACAUCCCAAGUGGCGCUUCUUAUCGCGCUAAGCCACAAUUUUCAUGCUGUCAAGCCACACCUUCAUUGACCCAAAAAAGGAGUCUAGGCCGCAAAAUUUGUGGAGGUGCCCCAAAAAGCUGGCCUGGUACGGCCAGAGAAGGAUUUCACUGCCGCUUCUCAACCGUCAACAAUUUGGAACUGAUUCGUGAGAGGAGAGCCAAGAUGGCGGAUCAGGGGAACUACAACAACUGGACCAAAGCUGGUUUAAUCCAGCGAGUAAAAGAACUAGAGAAGGAGUUGAGAGCGGCAUCAAACAAUGAAAUUCCUCAAGCGGCGCCUGAAGAACAGCAUCAGCAGCAAGCAGCAGAUGGAGAAUUAGUCCAGCCGGCCAAAAAGCCCAAAGGCAAGAAAAAGAUGGACCCAUCCAAGUAUUCCACCCGCUUCAUCGCCCUGAAACUAGCAUACCUGGGCAAAAACUUUGGCGGCUUCGAGUUCCAGGCUCAGGGCAACCAGCCGGCCAUUGAGGAGGAGUUGUGGAACGCCCUCACCAAGGCAUGCCUCAUCUUCCCGGAAGACGAGAAUGUGGUCAACUUUGAUUGCUGCGAGUACUCCAAGUGUGGACGGACAGAUCGCGGCGUCAGUGCCUUUGGACAAGUCAUUGGGCUGAGAGUACGGAGUAACAGGCCGUUGCCUAAGAAGCAGCCAGAGAUGGACGAGGAGGCAGAUUUGGCAAAGGAGGAGGAAGGGCAUGAGGCUGCUGGGGAUGGCCAAACUAAAAAGCAGAGCAAGCCAAAAGCACCACCAAAGCCAUUUGACGAUAUCCGCGAUGAGAUCCCUUACCCCCAUGUUCUCAACCGCCUGCUGCCCAAGGAAAUCCGCAUCCUGGCCUGGUGUCCAGCACCGCCUCCCGACUUCUCCGCCCGCUUCUCAUGUCGAGAGCGCCAGUAUCGAUACUUUUUCACACAGCCCGCCUUUGCCCCUAUGCCAUCUCUCAUCGAAGACUCAGCCGCCGCAAAGAAAGGGGAUCAAGACGAGAAGCUCAUGAAGCCGGGCUGGCUGGACAUUGAAGCCAUGCGCGACGCGGCAAAGCGGUACGAAGGCGAGCACGACUUCCGCAACCUCUGCAAGGUCGACCCAGCGAAGCAAAUCACAAACUUCAAGAGGCGCAUGUUCGAGUCGGACAUUGUCGAGGUCAAGGACGCAGCAUCAGCUUUGCCAUAUCUCAAAGCCGCUGGUUUCGCCCCGGAGAACUUGGAUCUCUCUUCCGGCGAGGCAUUCCCCAAAGUCUAUUACUUCCACGUCCGCGGCUCAGCCUUUCUAUGGCACCAAAUCCGCCACAUGGUGGCCGUGCUCUUCCUCGUCGGUCAAGGCCUUGAAAAGCCCUCGCUCAUCAGCGAGCUGCUCGACAUCGAGAAGAACCCGCGCAGACCAAACUACGUCAUGGCCGACGAAGUGCCCCUCGUGCUCUGGGACUGCAUCUUCCCGAGCGAUCUCAACGACUCCAUAGCGCCGCAACGAAAAGACGACGCCCUGAAAUGGAUCUAUGUCGGCGAGGAUGGACCCAGCGGCCGCUUUGGCCAGUUCGGCAUCAUGGACGACGCAUGGCAAAUGUGGCGUGGACGAAAGAUGGACGAGAUCCUCGCGGGCCAGCUGCUGCAGCACAUUUCGCAGCAAGGAAACAACGGCACCACUGCCGCUGCGGUGGGCAAAGCCGCACCCGGCAUCGCCAAUAGCACAAAGGUCUUUGAGGGAGGAAACAAUGGAAGGCUGAGCGGCAAGUAUCCCGGCGUGAUGAACAUGAAGCUGCUGGAGUCGGCAGACGAGCAGAAUGACAAGUAUGCGAAGCGAAAGGGGUAUGCGGACGCAGAGGACAUGAGGGCGAAGAAGGGGAUGAAGUCGAACAAGACGGAAGAGGGUGAUGCCGUCAUGGCUGAUGAGUAGAGGUAGAAAAGAAAAAAACAAGAGUGCGUUGUAUGGGGUAUAUAUAGAUUCUAACUAAUUCUAGGAUACACAUCUCUCAAAACAAAACUGGCAUGUCCUGUGCAUCUCUUCUUGGGAUACAAUCAUUUCAUUUCUCAUUGGCCAUCACUCUGUUAUCCUCUCCCCUCCCCUCAUACAAACACUCCCUCACACCCCUCCACACCGUCUCGACAAUCUUCCUCUUGGGCAACAAGCCCGGAAACACCACCACAACAUCCUCCUCUCCCUCCACCACCACAACGAGGUAAUACCGCACCUCGAAGCCCCGAAACGCCUCAUUCACCAAGAUGUCCUGAAUCUUCUCCGUCGGAAUAAACCGCGUCGCCGCGCUGGCCAGAUACGUUGCCGGGCUCUCGCUCGUCUGCACGCCCAGCCCGCGCAGCACCAGCAAACUCUCCUCCUUGUGCACCCGCAAGCUGAGCGCGUAAAAGACCGCCCCCGCGACAGGGACAAGCACAGGCAGGGUUACCGAGGCGGCAAUGCUAGCGAGGAGCUUGCCGCUGGGGGUAUCCUGGAACGUAUCGAGGAGGAAUAUUAUGCGGUCGAGGGAGAGCAGCGGCGGAAGAGACAAGGGUGAAAAGGGCGUUGGUGCUGCGCCAAAGGAGCUGCGCUCUUGGACCCAUCGCGCAUAGAUGAUGAGCAGCGUGACGAGGGAGAGGAAGAUGCGCAGGAAGAGGAGGAGCAGCCAUAGGAGGCGCAGAGGCAGCGUUUGAGGUGGGAGAGUGGUGACGGUGUAUUCGGCGGUUGUGGGAGAAGGGCGGCGGAUGCGCAGACGAGGGGCGGUGGUGAGCAUGGCCGAA